GCAUUCCUCUUCUUCCACUUAAACUUGUGAAAAAACAAAAAGGCGUUUCAUCAUUCGCCGCACGCCUCUGCUACUCCGUCUGUUUCAUCCCUCCGGCGCAUUCGACUUGAACCGUUUCUAUCUCUUUCAGUCGACGCGAAGCCAUAACGGAAGAGGCGCACAACAUCGGUCCGGCGUCACGCCGGCUGGAGGCUCUCAUCUCUGCGACUCCGUCUCACACUCUCUCAUCUCUGGCUCGCUACUUUUGCCCUGUGGUCUAUUUCUCUGAUUGCUCACCCCUCCCUAAUUUCCUGCAAAAAAGAAAAAAUGAUAGGAUCAUAGGAUGAGCAGACCUUCAGCACUCAAACGGAAACAGCCAGACUCUAAUUCCCCGUCGGAGUCUUUGACAGAGCAUGAGAAAAUCGUAUAUAAUGUGAUCCGAAGCAAGCAAGAUAUGGGAAUUUGGACACGAGACAUGAAGAAAGAAGCGAACCUCCCCGACAAUCUGGUUGGCAAAUCCAUAAAAUCACUCCAAGCCAAGAACCUGAUAAAAGAGGUUGUAAAUGUCCAAAGCAAGGGGAGAAAGCAUUAUAUGGCUUCAGAGUUUGAGCCCUCCAAGGAGCUAACCGGUGGGGAUUGGUAUUCUAAUGGGACCCUCGAUAAAUAUUACAUAACCUGUGUAAAAGACGGUUUUGCAAAGAUCAUAUAUCAGCUCAAGGUCGCUACCUUGGAGGGAAUUUCAGAUGAAGUUAAAAAGAGUGGAAUAUUCAAAACUUCGUUCACAAGACCGCAAAUUGAGGAGAUUUUGAGGGUUUUGGUUUUGGACAAACGGGUCACGGAGGUGAAGAGCACUGGGAUGGGGGAGUUUGCUUCAUUUCAAGUUGGGAAAGUUUGCUAUAAAUCCACAAGCAAGGGAGGUACUAAACGGGAGCUCAAAGUAGGGGCCAUGGCUUCCAUUCCAUGUGGAGUUUGCCCGCGGAUAAGUCAAUGUACGCCAGAUGGUAUUAUUUCCCCAAGGACGUGUGUCUACUUCACCAAAUGGUUGGAUUUCUGAAAUUAUCGUAUGCAGAGACAAUUGUUUGGUAUGCUUUUGGAGGUCUUCUUCUUUUGCCCAUGUGAUGUAUGUCUUUUUACCUUGCUUAAUAAAGUUAUUGGUUUCUGAAUCUUUUUGGUUCAA